CUGACCUUUGAGAUGGCUGCCAUGGGUCGCUCGAGUUGGCGGUUGGUGUUCGCGGCUGGUGCGGGUCUCGCGCUGGCCCUAGAGGCACUGCCGUGGCUGACGCGUUGGCUGCUGGCUGGGCGGCGGCCACGGCGCGAGGUGCUCUUCUUCCCCUCACAGGUGACCUGCACCGAGGCUUUACUGCAGGCCCCAGGGUUGCCUCCGGGGCCCUCGGGCUGCCCGUGCAGCCUCCCGCACAGCGAGAGUUCAUUGAGCCGCCUGCUGCGCGCAUUGUUAGCCGCCCGCUCCAGCCUGGAGCUCUGCCUCUUUGCCUUCUCCAGCCCUCAGCUGGGGCGAGCCGUGCAGCUGCUGCACCAGCGCGGGGUGCGCGUGCGGGUCAUCACCGACUGCGACUACAUGGCCCUCAACGGCUCUCAGAUCGGCCUGCUGCGCAAGGCAGGUAUACAGGUACGGCAUGACCAGGACCUGGGCUACAUGCACCAUAAGUUUGCUAUCGUUGACAAGAAGGUGCUCAUCACUGGCUCCCUCAAUUGGACCACACAGGCCAUCCAGAACAACCGUGAGAAUGUUUUGAUAAUGGAGGACACCGAGUAUGUGCGGCUGUUCCUGGAGGAGUUUGAGCGCAUCUGGGAAGAAUUUGACCCCACCAAGUACAGCUUUUUCCCCCAAAAGCAUCGAGGGCACUGACCCUGCUUUGUCUUGCUCAGUCUUCCAGCUUGUUCUUGUGAUGUUCCCUCCUGCUUUGCAUGAGCCUUUUCUGGCUGGCUGUGGAGCAGCUGAUACUCUUCCUGUUGCGUGCAUCCCCACCAGAAGUUAGGAAGGAGGUGAUGGUGUUGGACAGUGCUGUAAGCUAUCCUAGUAGUUGCCUAGAUAGGCAGCAUCCUCUUCUGGGCCCAGUGGCUUCUGGGCAUCACUAGACAUGCCUUAUUUUAUAUUGACCUUCAGCAACUGGCAUUGUCUCCCUGCAGUGGUUAGUCACUGGUGAGCACUACCAGUUGGCCAUGCCUGCAGCUGUGUCCAGGCUUGGCUUUUCCACGUCCCUCACGUUAAGAGCAAUACUGUGGACUUAGAGUGACCUCGCCUCUAGCUCCUGUAGUGGACUCAGUGCAUUUACUCAUGGCUUUUUGCUCAGUAAUGGAUCAGAAGUUGAUGACAAAGGGAAUAUUGGGGGUAAGCAGACUGCCCAGGCUGUUACAGGAGUCAGAGGAACAGCUUCUCAUGUGCAUCUGUGACAUGAGCUGCAGUCUUGUCACUGUUCAUGCUUGUGUGCACAAGCUCCACAUGGCUCCCUCGUCUGAGUGGAUGACGUGUCCGUCCUUUAGCUUAACAGCAGAUAGUGCACAAUGCAUGUUUUCUUACUUUAAAAAAUUUUUUUGGGGUUAGGGGAGGAGGUGGAGAGGGUCUCAUGUGUAGCCCUGGCUGACCUAGAACUCACUAUGUAGACCAGGCUGAUUUCCGGUUCAGACAUCUGCCUGGAUUUGCCUCAAGCACUGGGAUUAAAGGUGUACACCACCAGGCCCAGCUGUUUUCACACUUUUUAAUGUUCCUUUUACUUAGUGUUAGACAAGUAAACUUGGUGUUGAUUUUCCAAAAGAUUUAAUAGAAACUGCAAAGUAUAAUAUGCUCAGAAUUAGUUAUGUUGGGUAAGUUCCUACCCUUUUGAAGCUUGUGGAUUCUUUUUUUCUUUUUGGUUUCUUGAGACAGGGUUUCUCUGUGUAGCCCUAGCUGUCCUGGUAACUCACUUUGUAGACCAGGCUGGCCUCGAACUCAGAAAUCCGCCUGCCUCUGCCUUUCAAGUGCUGGGAUUAAAAGCGUGUGCCACCACCUUCCAGCGAGCUUGUGGAUUCUUAAGUGUGUACUCUGGAAGGAAUGUGUAUGUGUGUGCAUGUGUAAGAUCACAAAAUGUCCUUUGAGUGAUCCUUAACUUCUGGCAUAUUUCAAUAAAUAUUUUUGACCAUGAACUGCAA